UACCAUCCAAGUGAAAGUGGAGAGCUCUUCAUUUCAAGGUUCCGUCUGGUUCAGCACCAGGAAAUCCACACUGAAGUGAAGCUUUUGGAGCACGUUGGAUGUGGAAGAUUCUUUACACAAACGUCUGGCCUCAUUGAGCGCCGGAGAGUUCGCACUAGACCAGUGCCUUACAAGUGCCACCAGUGUGGGAAGUGUGUUAAAGAUGGUGCCACACUGCUGGUUCAUCAGAGAGUUCACACUGGAGAAAAGCCCUAUAAAUGCAGUGAGUGUGGGAAAUUCUUUAGGUAUAGCUUCACACUCAAAAGACAUCAGAGAGUUCACGCUGGAGAAAGGCCAUAUGAGUGCAGUGUGUGUGGGAAAUUUUUUGUAGACAGCUCCACUCUCCUUAUUCAUCAGAGAGUUCACAUUAGGGGAAGGCGUUUUGAAUGCAACAAAUGUGGACAAUUCUUUAGGUACAGCUUUACACUUGAGAGGCAUCAGAAAGCACACACUGGAGAAAGGCCUUAUGAGUGCAGAGAAUGUGGGAAACUUUUUAGGCACAAUUCAAAUCACAUCAGGCAUCGGAGAAGUCACACAGGAGAAAGACCUUAUGAGUGUCAUGUAUGUGGUAGACUCUUCAGUCAAAACUCCCACCUCAUUCGGCACCAAAAUGUGCACACCAGAGAAAAAACUUACAAAUGUAGCCAGUGUGGGAAAUUCUUUAUGGACAGCUCCACACUCAUGGUUCAUCAGAGAGUCCACACCGGUGAAAAACCAUAUGAAUGCAGUGAAUGUGGGAAAGUUUUUAGAUAUAACUCCAGCCUCAUUAAACAUCGGAGAAUUCACACUGGGGAAAAGCCUUAUGAGUGCAUCAACUGUGGGCGAAGCUUUAGCCAAAACUCCCACCUCAUUCGACACCAGGAAGUUCACACUAAAGAGUAUUGCAGACAGGGAAAGACUGCAAAGAAAAGUCUGGUCUGAUUUAGCACUGGGAGGUACUGCUAUGGAACUGUUUUUGUGUGUGUGUGUGUGUGUGUAUGUGUGUCCCACCCCCCCGCACCUAUGGCAUGUGGAAAUUCCUGGCCCAAAGAUGGAACCCAAGCCACAGAAGUGACAGUGCUCAAUCUCUAACUGCUAGGCCUUUGGGGAACUUCCUUAAAUUUUUUUUAAUCAUGGCAAAAUACAUACGAACAUAAUUUACAGUCUUAACUAUAUUUAAGUGUGAGUUCAGUAGUAAUAACAAUUCACAUUUUGUGCAGAUAUAGCCUUUCCAUCUCAUAAAACUGAAACUAAACCCAUUAAGCAACAACUCAUCCCCUGUCCCUUAUCUCCUGACAACCACUAUUCUAUUUUCCGUCUAUGAAUUUGUCCACUCUUGGGUACCUUGUAUAAGAAUCAUGAAGUUUUUCUUCUUUUAUGUCUGGCUUAUUUCACUGAGCAUGUGUCAGAAUCUCCUUUUCUGACUAAGUAAUACUGUUUCUUGCUGUGGUGCAAUGGGAUUGGUGGCAUCGGGACAUAGGUUCUCUGGUGCGUUGGGGUGCGGGUUCUAUCCCUGGCCUGGCACAAUGGGUUAAGGGUCUGGCGUUGCUGCAACUGUUUUGAAGGUCGCAACUACAGCUCAGUUCUGGUCCCUGGGCCAGGAACUCCACAUGCCAUGAGGUGGCCAGAAAAGAAAAAAAGGAAAAAGAAAAAAAUACUUUGUUUUAUGCGUAUAUCUCCUUUUCUGUAUCUCUUUAUCAGUAGACUCUUGGCUUGCUUCCACUGUUUGGCUCUUGCAGAUAAUGUUGUCAUAAGCAUGAUUAAACAGAUAUUUCUUUGAA